AGGGAACUUUGAGGUGCGUAAACGCUAUUUCCAAAAUUCCAGAGGUGCGUAAACGACGUUUACGUGUGUUUACCCUCCACUACAGCCCUGAUUACUACCAAAGGUGCACAGUUUUAAGAACGUGAUCGGGUUUCUUCAGCUUUAAAAAUGAGCAUUUAGCAGCAAGUGUGUGUGUUACCGGCACCAGACCUCGUGUUGAUCUGGACCGGCAGCACAGGUUACACAGACUACGUGUAGCCUGUGGAUUAAUAAGGAGAGAGGACACACGUUAGCGUCAUGCUCAAGCCAGAGCUUGACAUUGCAAUCAUAACAUUUUAUUUUCACAACAUGGUGUGAACAAAUUAAAUGAAUUAAAAUGUACUCCACAUCCAGUCCUACGAACAUUUAGCAACUACGGUGUAACACUGGAGUUCACGGACAGAACUAACUAGUUAGCAUUACAACAUUCGUCACCAAUUCCCUACAAAAUACAGCUAACUACAUUGGUCACACAUCUACAGUCAUGUUAAAACAUUACAGAACAUUUACACGCAUUUACCUUCGAUCUUAACCCAGGUUAAAGACAUAAAACAACUUUAGCAUACCUGUGGAUUAAUAUGGAGAGAGGACACACGUCAGUGUUGAUAGAGAACUUCCCCCAGACCUUCAUUCGUCUGAGUCUGUGUGAAGGACAAAUGGCAAGGCAAAGUCUGGGUAGGCCAGGAUGGGUGGACGGCAUAGCAUGUCAACAAGGUGAGCCACCACCGCACUGUGUUGUUGUGUCCAUUGGAUAGGUACUUUAGAUGAAAGCUGACCACUAUUUGCGUCCCUUACCUUGGUCUUGAUUCAUUUAGCUGGGUUGGUUAUGUGGUUAAUGUCUCUAGGACUCCCAAUUUCGCUGAAACAAAGGCCUGGGCUAGCCUAGAAAAGUCCUGUAUGAAGGUUCUAUAAUAACCUAGAACCCUUAAGAGAGCCCUGACCUCUCCUAAGUUUUUUUGGCUCUCUAUCCUUGAGGUGCUGAAUGGCCUCAAGGUCUUGAGGGUCUAUCUGGAUGCCUUCCGUGGUCACUAAGCGCCCUCGAUAUCUGACCUGACUUUUAAAAAGCUCACAUUUUUUGGGGGGUAACUUAAUACAGUUUUCUCGAAGGCGGUCAAGGACCUGCCUCAGGUCGUCAACGUGGUCCUGAAAAGUCUUGGAGAAUCAGAGCACGUCAUCUAAAUAUGGAGAGCAGCACUCAUCCCUUAGACCAUCAAGAACUCCCUCCAUGCAUCUUUGAAAUGCUGCUGGAGCAUUGGUCAGGCCAAAUGGGAGUCGAAUCCACCCAUAGAGACCCCAUGGCGUGCGAAAGGCAGUCAGGUGUUUGGAACUCUCAUCGACAAAACCCUGGUGGUAAGCACUUCCUUGAUCGAGUAUGGAGAACCAUGAGUAUCCCCCGAGAUUAUCCAGCAGAUUUUGGAUACGUGGAAGACGGUCAGGGACAGACGGUCAGGGACAGUUUUCCGGUUUCAAGCCUCGAAAGUCAACACACAGGCGUAGACUCUUUUUUCUGACACAGACCACUGGAGAUGAGUAGGGUGAGGUGGAUUUCCUGAUCCACCCGUGGUCAAGCAGGUUCUGGACAUAUUCCUUUACCUCUUUGUACAAGGGCUUGGGAACUGAAUUGUAGGACGUUUGGACUGGUGUUUUGUCCUUUAGGAGGAUUUGCAGCUGCAAGUUUGGGAUGCAACCAAUGUCAGAACCACCCCUGCAAAUACAUCGGACUCUUCGUACAACAUGUCUCUGACUAUCUUUUGUUCUUCCUCCUUCAGGUGUGACACGUCAACAGGGGGGUGCCAGCUCUGCUUUGACAUGCCUUUCAUCUCAUGUCUAUCACUUGUUUCUCUCUGCUGAUUUGUGUUUAGCUGAGCGGAGUAUGCGUUCGCAGUGGGAUGGGAUAGUGGCUCUGACCCACCUGGAAAACAGUUAAUUGGUUUUACUUCCAUCGCUUCCUCCAACGUGCCCAGAACCAUUCUCUUUGUGAGAUAGAUAUCAUGCUUAGUGGGGUUCUGAAUAGAAAUGUUGACUAUUUUUGUGUACCCACUUCUCUACUAAAGCCGGAAACAGCUCUAACCCUCCAGGACAGUUACUCACUAGAUUGGGUUGAAACAGCAUUGUCCCGCCCCUUGGCCACUCUCUAACUCUACACCUCACCUCACAAAUCUCCUCAGCAGGAAUUGUUACUCCUCUCCUUCCUGUCCUCACACUACACUCAAGCUCGGAAGCAGUCUCCUCAGAGGUCGAAAGCUGGAGACUAGCAACCAGUCACUGACACUUAAAGCUUCUUUAAGUAAAGCAGAAAUAUCAGCCUCCCCUCUUUGUUCCUCGUCUGUUUUGAUCAUCUCAGCUAUAACGUUACUGCCUAACAGAGGAGAGUUAAGACCAUUCUUGCUGAUCAAUACUGGCACUUGUAUAGUGACGUGUCCAUCAUUUUGACUACAGACCUGGAGUUCAACAUCUGCCCAUCCAUCAAAAGGAACAUCUGUACCAUUAGCUGACAAAAUCUCCAAGGGCUGGUCGAAAAGGAGGGAUUGGAGUGGCUGGAUUUGGACGUUGGGAAGUGUCCAUGCGCUCCCUACCACAGUCAUUUGUAGAGGAACUCCGUUGAUAGCACAUGAAACCAUGCAUCGCUUUCCUAUGAGCCGUGCUAUACACUUCGUUGGUGGUGGUUGAUGCUGUGUGUCUGCUUUUACAGACGUGACUGGUGUUGAGCCCUCUUCAGCUGUCAUGAUCACUGGCUGCCCCGCUCCAGUGACCUCAGCCCGUUUCCCGACAUCUUUUUUUUCAGACAGCCCGAUGUCCUGCUUGACCACAAACGAAGCACAUUGAGCUGUUGCUGCCCCUCUGCUGCCCCUCUGGACGUCAGGAUGUCGGCGAUGCACUGGGAGGCCAGGCGGCGCCAGAGCGCUCUGGACCGCAGGACGGCCAGAGACAGACAGCAGCUGCUGCAGAGGGGUUCUGAGACCAGCUGCAAUGCAACAGAACCAAACCCAACACAAGAGCAAACAGUUGGUGGCCAGUGUCCCCACUGUAAGGGCAACCUGAAGACACCUGUCCGUAGCAGCGCCAAGAUCCCCGACAGAUACUCAUCGUUACAGUACAACCAGCAGUGGUGAAGAAGAUGAACACCCCAGUUCCAUGACAGCGUCACAGAAUUACUGGACCAUUUGGAUAUGGCAGAACUGCAUCAUUGUGUGAUUAUCAAAUAAAAUAAAUAAUUAGGUGUUUAAAUAUAA